GGGAAGCGCGCUACAGGGUGCCUAUCCUCAAGCCAUUGACUAUUAAAGGGGUAGUAGAGUUCUGAGUAGCUGAUGUCGUAUGGCCAGAGUUGAUUGAGCAUCUAAUGUCAUGUGUUAAGAGUGUUUGCAGGAUUGGCAAGGUACGCGAGGUGAAUGCUUUUCCUUUUCCUGAACAGGGACUUAGACUUCAGCUUGCACUUCUUGACCGUGAAUUGGAUGAGCUAGAUUAUGACACUUUGAGAGCUCUGGACUCUGAUACUGCUUCUAGCACUUGCUCAAUGACCGAGGAAGAGAUAAAUUCCUUGCCUAUUCACAAAUAUAAAGUUCCAGUCCCAACAAUAGAUGACUCAACCGGGUUGGCAUCAUCUUCGGGUGCAGCUGAGAUUAAACAAGACCCAGGAGGAACAGAGGGAAGUAUCAAAGGUCCAGAAGAUGAGCUGACAUGUACUACAUGUUUGGACCAAGUUAAGUGGGGGGUGCUUGUGCGUACCCUGCCAUGCUUGCAUCAGUUUCAUGCCAACUGCAUCGAUCCAUGGCUCAGGCAACAAGGAGCAUGUCCUGUGUGCAAAUUUAGGAUGGGUUUGGGAAGGCGGGGAAACGGUGAGAGCGAGUCCCAUGGUUCAGAUAUUGAUUAAGUAUGUACCACUUCGUAUUAUUAUUUAU